UCGCGGCCUAGCGUACGCACAGCGCAGGCCGCGAGUAGCGCAUGUAAACAAAACUGAGGAGCAGUCGCUGUAUGAAUAACGCGAGCCGCACUCCCGCUCGCCAUUCUGUCGCGAAACUCCGGCAACGGCGGUUGUUGCCAUGAUUGAUUACGCGCGCCCCUACGAUCAAAACAUGUGCGAGUAUUAUAUGCCUCCGUCGCCGGCGCCCGCGCGCCUUGACGACUUUCAAGUCUUCAAAAAAGGAACCUGUACCUACGGGAACUAUUACAACACUUACGACGUCCUCGCUGAACCUGAGGUCGAUACUGCGACUAAUGUCUAUCACAACCUCGUCAACCUCAGAGAUUCAUACCGCCCAGAAGAUUGGAGAUACAAGAGCGUCUUCGACUGGACAGCAGACGACACCGUGUCUUGGAUCUUUGAUUGCGUGAUUGCUAGUGGUUUUAGUGAAUACGAUGUACCGUUCUAUAACCUCAAAAUUCCCGGAAUCCAAAUCAGGGGUAUGGGAAGGGAAGAUAUCCUUAACAGAAUGUUGCAUUCCAGCAUAGAUCCAAUCAUGUCGAGCAGAAUAGCUGAUGUGGUAUAUGAAAAGCUGCAAAGUCGUCUAAAUGAUGAAAUUUUACGUCAGUCUACGGUGUUUAAAUACGCUGACCCGUAUCAAAGUCAGGAACAGACAAUGUUAGAUUUGGAUUAUCACAAAAAUAAACUAUGUUCAGAUUACAAACCUAACGAUAGCAGUUUAUUACAACCGGCGGACUCUAGCGACGAUGCGGAAGAUUUGUUUGGUUCUUCGGCCGCCGCGUCUCCUGAAGGUGCAUAUGGUAGUGAUGGCAGUGAAGAUGAGAGGCGGUCGAAAUUAGUAAAGCGGCCUCCGGGUAGGCCAAAAGGAAGUGGCAAAAAGGGCGUCAAGAGACCGAGAAGCGUUUCCGUGCCGGAGUUCCUCAGAAAUUUGUUGUUCGAUGAGAGAUACUGCCCGUCCAUUAUAAAGUGGGAGGAUUACUCGCAAGGAAAGUUCAGAUUCGUGAAACCAGACGAAGUCGCGAAACUUUGGGGACAGAUGAAACAGAACGAGAACAUGACCUUCGAGAAGUUCAGUAGGGCAAUGAGAUACCACUAUCGGCAAUCGGUUCUGGUUUCCGUCCCCACUGCACGCCUCGUCUACCAAUUCGGCCACAAGGGUCCUGACUUCAGGACUGAUAAUCCAAAUUUCAUUAAAGUGAAGUCGGAAUUAGAUGUUCAUGAUAUGAAUUACUCAAAUUCUUAGUUAAGUCGAAGUGAAAUUAAUAUUUCGGUUAAGAAACUCAUGCUCAGAGAAAGAAGAGAUCGUUUUGAUGUUAUGUACGCUCUUGUACAAUUCUUCGAGAAGAAAUUAGUUUAAGUUCUGGAUAAAGAAAUGUGUAAAGAUGGAUUUGGUUAUGAAAUGAGGAUUGUUCAAGAGCUUUGUUGUUUAUAAUGGAAUAAUGAUAGACGAUUUAAAGUAUUAGGAUAAAGAGGAGGUGAUAAUUAAGUAUGAGGCAUGUUUGAUAGGCUCAUAUUAGCUCAAUGUAAAGUUUGGUACAGUGACAAUGGUUGUAUUUUGAACAGAGAUUGUUAAAUGUUAGGUCCGUCAAUUAAAGGUUGUCAAACCAAUUGUUGAAGUCCAUAUUAUUUUUUUAAGUGAUUAAGUGUAUUUUUCUGAUGAUGUACACAUUUUUGUCAUAGCGAUUUUUCAGAGCUACGAAUUUUUGAUAAAGAAUUUUAAAGGUUUCAAUAAUUACCGUUGUUAACGUAAUGUUAAGAUAAAGUUAUGGACUACGGCACAUAAAGAUGUAUAUACUUGUUUUUGAUAAAGACAUUCCAUUUUUAUUUAUAGAACUUAAUUCAAAAUUAUUUAUAUAUUUUAUUGAAAUUAAGGAUUUUCGUAAUUUAGUUGCCAUAUCGUGAAUGUUGUUGAAUGUACUUAAAUUUUUCGAUUCUUAUUUUUUAUAUGUAAGACAUGUCUCUCAGUGUUAGUUUAGGUUUUAAUUUUAGAUAGAUAUUAAGAAAUGGCGCGAAUGUGCAAUAAAAAAUGACAAAUGAAAAGAUCUGUAGGCCAAAGAUUAUGUCGUAGUGAACAAAUUGUGCUCGGUUUAUGGUUUUUAUUUAAGGUAGAGGCGAGAGCUAAGUUCUGCGAAUAAACAAAGUAAUUUUAAACUAUUAUUUACGAAUGGACAGUUUGCGCAUGAACUUUUACUUUUAAAAUUCAGUAACAUAAAGUAGAUAUUUCCACCACAGAAUAUUAUUUAUUUUGAAGAAUGAUUGGACAAAUUUAGAAGGUUAAAUUAUUUUUUUAAUAAUCUCGCUUCUGCCAUAAAGAAACCUAGAGGAUAAAAUGAAUUUCAAGAGGUUUUUAAUAGCAUUUAAGUUUAUGACUCUCAGGCAUUUGCUGUGAUUGUAGAGUAAAAAUUAAAAUUUAUUUAUGUACAUACUUAAGUGAUUCUUCUUUACUCCAGUUUAUUUCUUAUUUUCAUACUAAAACCAAACUAUUGUUCAAUAUAGCUGUAACUUAGGUAUAUUUAGUUAUUAUUGUUACACGAGUACAAAAUUUGUGUCUUACACUAUGAUUUUUCUAAAAUUUUUGCUUCAAACCAACAUCACAAUUUUAUACUAACAUAGAACCAGUUAAAACAUAUUUUUGUUAUUUCAAAUUAAAUAUAUACGCGUAGAUGAAAUCCAGGACGGAAAAAUAUGUGAUUUUUAUAGUCAAUUAUUUCAAAAGACGAUUUUAGUCUAACCGCCGUAUUCAGAGUCAAGCUAUCGAAAAUUCAAGAUCUAUACAUUUCAAAUUUAAUGAGUCUUAUUUAGUUUGCUAAUAAAGCUAACACCCUGGAGUGGACAACAUACUAUGAUAGAAGGGCAUGGCCUACCCAUCCCCUCUAAAUAUUCCUUUAUAAGCUUUCUUUAAUCAAUCGUCUACUUAGCAUACAUUUUAAAGUAUGGUCGUGAGGUUAUAUUACUUAUUUAGGAUAAGAGAUAAGUCAGCCACUUUGAAUACGGCUCAGCAGAAUUCGUCUUAAGGAACGUUACACGAAGAUUCAAAUUUUAAUAGUAAAUACGUUUUCUGUAUGAUUCACGCAAAAUUUCGCCUAUGUUGUUAGUUUUAAAAAAUAUCUUUUAGGCGCAAACAGAAAUGACCUAAACUCUUGAAUAGUGAAUUGAAAAUAUGAUGUAACAUUUUCCAUUAAAAUACGAGUUUUCAAUACAUUUUUAGAUACGUACUAGAUUGUUAUGAAUUAUUAUAAGUUUUAUCUAAAUUGUUUUUUAAUGUAUGCUAGAAAUAUUGUUGAACGUGCGAUAUGAAAUGUGAAAAAUAAAGAAAUACAUGAAUGUG